AUGGGUAAAGAGCUUGAGAAGCUGAAACAAGAAUUUGAAGAGAAGCAAAAACGGAAAGAAGAAAAGAAUAAGGAUAAAGACAAGGAUAAGGAUAAGAAAGAGAAAGAGAAAGAGAAAGAGAAGGCCAAGGUCAAAGACGAGGAAACGGAUAAGCUUAAAGUCGAGGAGACCGAGAAGGCGAAAACCGAACAAGCGGUUGAAGCAUCCUCUUUCAGCGAGUAUAAUCUGCACCGCUGCACAUUUGAACGUCUCCAUGAUGCAUAA